ACGUGACAAGGAAGUGCCGUUAACAGCGCUUUCCUCUGGUCCCUGGCGCCCCUGGAUGACGUCGCAAGAGAGGGGCGGGGCGAUAGCGUGUCAGAAGUUCAGGUUCCGCUGUCAUGGGGUGUUGAAUGUCUGUGGAGCCUGCAAAGGAAAGCGGUCGCUGGUCUUUGGGGGCGGGUCUCGGCUAGCUUGUCAACCUGAGAUUCAUUGAGCUUGGCUUGGAAAACCUACUUCCUGGACUUCCCUAGAGCGACAGCUGCGGUUUAAAGUCAGGGCGCUUUAAAAGUUAGUUGUGAUUGACGGGAGCUUCUUGUGGUCCGGGACUUGUUCUUCUGCUCCUUCUUCAUUUCCAGCAGGGCCCGCAGGGCCUAGAACACGGGCUUUUUUGCUUUGUUUUCAGAGAGAAAUCCUGUGUUUCUUACAGAACAGUCUUCAUAUUUCUGGCUAAAUGACUUUUGUGCCAGUGAUACCAGAAGCCUACAGCCAUGUGCUUGCAGAGUUUGAGUCCUUGGAUCCUUUACUCACAGCCCUGAGGCUGGACUCCAGUCGCCUGAAGUGUACCAGCAUAGCUGUGUCUCGGAAAUGGUUGGCGUUAGGCAGCACAGGAGGAGGACUCAAUCUCAUUCAGAAAGAUGGCUGGAAGCAAAGGCUGUUUCUUUCUCACCGGGAAGGGGCAAUCUCUCAGAUUGCCUGCUGCCCUCAUGAUGAUGAUUAUGUUGCUGUAGCUACCAGUCAAGGUCUUGUAGUUGUUUGGGAAUUAAAUCAAGAACGUCGUGGGAAACCAGAGCGAAUUCAUGUGUCCUCUGAACACAAAGGCCGAAAAGUUACUGCCCUCUGUUGGGACACAGCUGUUCUGAGAGUCUUUGUAGGUGACCAUGUGGGCAAAGUAUCUGCCAUCAAACUCAACACUUUGAAACAAGCAAAGGCAGCUGCUGCCUUUGUGAUGUUUCCUGUUCAGACAAUAAUAACAGUCGACUCCUGUGUUGUCCAGUUAGAUUAUUUGGAUGGAAGAUUACUUGUGUCUUCACUAACUCGAUCCUUCUUGUGUGACACUGAGAGGGAAAAGUUCUGGAAAAUUGGAAAUAAGGAAAGAGAUGGAGAAUAUGGGGCUUGUUUCUUCCCCGGAAGGUGUACUGGGGGCCAGCAGCCUCUGAUCUACUGCGCCCGCCCGGGCUCCAGGAUGUGGGAGGUGAACUUUGAUGGGGAAGUGCUCAGUACACACCAGUUCAAGAAGCUGCUCUCAAUGCCGCCCCUCCCUGUAGUCACUGCAAGCACUGAGCCUCAGUAUGAUCACACGGUUGGAGCCUCCCAGUCUUUGGCAUUCCCCAAACUCUUGCAUCUUAGUGAACACUGUGUGCUGACUUGGACAGAAAAAGGAAUUUUUAUUUUCAUUCCUCAGAAUGUUCAAGUUCUUCUUUGGAGUGAAGUCAAGGAUAUCCAGGAUGUAGCUGUCUACAAGAAUGAGUUGUUCUGUUUGCACUUGAAUGGGAAAAUCUCACAUCUUUCCCUGUUGUCUGUGGAGCGCUGUGUAGAACGCCUGUUAAGGAGAGGCCUGUGGGACCUGGCUGCUCGAACAUGCUGCCUCUUCCAAAAUUCCAUUAUUACCAGCAGAGCAAGAAAAACACUGACUGCAGAUAAAUUGGAGCAUUUGAAAUCUCAGCUGGACCUUACAGCCUGUGGUGAACUAAUUUCUCAGCUGGAUGACUUGAUCGUAAAAUUCGAGCCUUUGGAUUCUGCGUGCAGCAGUAGAAGAAGCUCCAUUUCAUCACAUGAAAGUUUUAGCAUCUUGGAUUCUGGUAUUUAUCGUAUCAUCAGUAGUAGAAGAGGCAGUCAGUCCGAUGAAGAUUCCUGCUCCCUUCACAGCCAGACCUUCUCAGAAGAUGAGAGACUUAAAGAAUUUGCUUUACACCAGGAAGAGGAGCAGCCAGAGCAGGGCUGUGGUGCAAACCGAAGUGAAGACAGUGCUUCCCACAGCCCAGUGAUGUCUGAGGUGGACAAGGGUGAAGCUUUCCUGCCCUUCAGCAUUGCACUGCCGUUCCGUUCUCCAUCUCCCCUCGUAUCUCUUCAGGCUGUUAAAGACAGUGUUUCUAGUUUUGUACGUAAAACUACUGAGAAGAUUGGCACCCUUCAUGCAAGCCCAGAGCUGAAAGAGACAUUUGGAUCCAAGGACGCUGGCCGAGCACAUGAAGAGGAAGUGAGUGCGGUCAUCUGCCCUCCGGAGGAGGACCCUGAGGAGGAAGAAAUUCAUCAACCUCCUGAAGAAGACAGGCUUCAAGAACUCACAGCAGCGACAGCAGAAGCAAUGACCAAGUUACUGGACCCUCUGGUUCUGUUUGAGCCCAAGUUGCUAAGAAUGGUUUUACGUGAGUGGCUUUCACAGUUAGAAAAAACAUUUGCUGUGGAAGAUUUUCCUGGCAUUUCCAAUACCAGCAGUCUACCCCUGAAAUCGAAUCUGGAUGUUCACCUCCAUGGCAAGUCAGAAAAGAGAGGAUUAGAUGAAGAGAGUGGAGAAGAAAGAAAGGUUUCUUUAGGCACUGAGGAAACUGGAGGUCAGAUAACCUGUGACCCUGUAAGCAGCCUUAGUGAGCCCUCAGCCGACAGUUUCCGAGUACACUCUCCAUACACCAUAGCAAGCAGCCUUCAGAAGGACCUGGCAGAACUGACGACGCUGUGCUUGGAGCUGAACGUGUUGACGCCAGCAGUGGACAGCGGAGGCGGACAUGUAGAGGGUGCUGUACAGCAGCUCUCUCCAGAAAUCCUGGCUGGUCGCUUCCUAAGGAAAUACUUUUUUCUCCUGGACUUGAGAAGAGCAAAGGAGAGUAUCAAGCUUGCCUACGACAGCCCUCGUGUUUGGGACACUUUUGUUGAAGGACUGAAAGAAAUGGCCAGUUGUAAUCCUGCCUAUGCGGAGAUGGAAGAAGGAGACCUGCCCACGGGGCUGCAGUUACUGGAUGGCUCCGUCCCUUCUGAUAGUCCCUUGUUGAUUGCAUUUGCUGCCCGGUUGUAUGAUAGAUUUGGGGAGUCUGCCCUCCGAGCCUUCAUCAAGUUUUAUCCGUCCAUCUCGCCUUCUGACAUCUCGCAGCUUUGCCGCCAGCAUCCGGCUCAGUUCUUGGCCUAUCUAGACAGUCUGGUGAAGUCCAGGCCUGAGGACCAGUGGCCAUCCUUCCUUGAGUUCCUUCUACAACCAGAAUCCUUAAGACUUGAGUGGUUGCUUUUGGCGGUGUCCCAUGAUGCUCCACCAAGCACAGGUACAGUGGAUGAUGAAGGACACCCCAGGCCCCAUUCACACUUGCUUUCUUGGGGUUAUAGUCAGCUGAUUCUUCUUCUGAUUAAACUUCCUGCAGACUUUACAACCAAAGAGAAAAUGACCGACAUCUGUAGGUCUUAUGGUUUCUGGCCCGGAUAUCUUACCCUCUGUCUGGAGCUGGAGAGGAGGAGGGAGGCCUUCACCAACAUUGUGUAUCUGAAUGACGUCAGCCUGAUGGAAGGGGACAACGGAUGGAUCCCUGAGACCUUGGAGGAGUGGAAGCAUCUCCUGCAUCUACUACAGACCAAGAGCACGAGGCCAGCUCCUCAGGAGUCACUAAACGGGAGCCUCAGUGAGGGGCCUGCCCCCAUCAAUGUGGAGAAUGUGGCACUCCUGUUAGCUAAGGCCAUGGGUCCAGAUCGGGCCUGGUCACUGCUACAGGAGUGUGGGUUGGCCCUUGAAUUGUCAGAAAAGUUCACCAGAACCUGUGACAUCCUGAGGAUUGCUGAGAGAAGGCAGAGAGCGCUGAUACAAGGCAUGCUUGAGAAGUGUGACCGUUUCCUCUGGUCGCAGCAGGCCUAGUGGGAGAGCUACUUGACCAAGUGGAAUCCUGCUCUAAAACCUCCAGAGGGCUUUGCCACAGAAGGAAGAGGACACCCCAAACCUCGCCAUGACCAGACAGACGGCUGUGCCUGCUGUGCAGCUGCAGAUGCCUCAUCACGCCUUGGCUCUCGGCUUUUGUGGCCCGGAGACUUUCUCAAGGAAGCAGUAGGUUAUCUGGGUUCACUGGACGCAGCAUGGGGCUGCUCCCUGCUGUGUGGUAUUCAUCAUGUGCCCAGUGAAUCAGGGAAUAGGUUUCUACUGUGGCAGAUCUGCAGGGUGCAGACGCUUCUUACAGGAAGACAGAUAAUGUUCUAAACUGGAGUUCAGUACUUUUUCCUUUCCGUUUGUCUGACGUGGCUACAAAUUACUGAGUUAGAACCUGAAACAAUGACAUCAUUCUUGUUGGCAUAUAAAUACUGAAGAUCCAAACUAGAGUUUUAAAUAAGAUUGCCCAUAUCUGAGUUGAGCUCAGUUUAAAGUAUUUUUCCAGUAUUUAUUUGAUAUUUUCUAAUAUAAGCCUAUAUAUAUUAACUAAUCCCUGGAAAUAUAUUAUCUAUAAUUUUUUGAAGAGUGGGUGACCCAAAUACUCAUGCUCUCCCUUUUAUUUUAUUUAUUUUUUAUUGAAUUAUGCACUUUUUUCCUUCCUUCCUUUUUUUUUUUUUUUUUUGUUUUUUUCUUUUUUGUGGAAACAGGGUCUUAAUUUGUAACCCUUGUUAGCCUGGAACAUGUAGGUAUACCAGGCUGUCUCGACUUUAAACAUCUACUUGCCUCUGCCUCCUGAAUGUUAGGAUUAAGGGUGUGUGUCAUCACUCACAUUUUAAAAAUUUAUUUCAAAAAGCCAUGGUAAGAGAAAGCCAUGUACUAGUAUAAAUUAUAACAAUUGAUUGUAUUAGUCAAGCCAUGUAGCUCUACUGUCACUUAUGAGGUUGCAUGCUGCCUGUUCUGGUAAAUAAAUGAUGAAGGUUUUCUUGAAACAGAACAUGAAUUU